AUGAACACAAUUCUCUUCAACAUUGAUUUCAAGCCGAUUGCUGCCUUCGCGGUGGUGUGCUUGACUGAACAAAAGGUCAACUUUAAGGUUUCCAAAAACCCAGCUAUCACUUUGGCCGAAUCUGUCAGUGGUGUACGAGGAAACUUUAAUUUAGCCUACAUCCUUUCCAACAACACAAAACUUGCUGCUCCCAUUGGAGAUUUUCUCGUUGCCAUCGAGACUGCCAAUGAAAUUUCCAAAUCAGGAUUAAUUGAAGAAUUAGACAUUUGCAUGCAAAGAUUGGACAACCUCCUCUUAACCAAGACUUACUUGUAUGGUGAAGAGUUGUCUGUUUGUGAUUUGUGUGUUUAUGAGAGCUUGAAGCAACACAAGUUAGUGAUGCAAUACUUGAAGAGAUUUGAAAAGGCAAUUCCAAACUUGGUUCGCUAUUUCACUCUCAUUCAUAGAAAUCCAAAGAUUCAACAAAGUCUGAAAACACUUGAGAAUGCUUCCAAGGCAGGAACAAGCACUGAUGAAGUCUCUUCUCCAAGCACUGCCAGCAGCAACAAGACUACUACUUCUGCUGCUACAACUUCAACUGAAACCACUACUACGGUUGAUUCUGAAAUCCGUUUGGAGCUUCCUCAUGCUGAGAUGGGUAAGGUUGUUACUCGAUUCCCACCUGAAGCCUCUGGAUUCCUUCAUAUCGGACAUGCUAAAGCUGCUCUCAUGAAUAGUUACUUCGCCAAAAAAUACAAUGGCAAACUUGUGAUGCGUUUCGAUGACACAAAUCCAGACAAGGAGAGGGAGGAAUAUGAACAUGCAAUUCUUGAAGAUUUGGAACGACUGAAGGUCAAACCAGAUAUCUAUGUUCGUUCUUCGGAUCAUUUCGACAAGUGUAUGGAGUUUGCUGAACAAUUGAUUAGAGAAGGUAAAGCCUAUAUGGAUGAUACUCCUGUUGAAGAGUUAAGAAAGAUGAAAAUGGAGGGUACUGAAUCUCAUAACAGAAAUAACACUGUUGAAAAGAAUAUGCAAAUGUGGAAGGAAUUAAUUUCUGGUACUGAGUAUGGUAAAAAGUGUGUUUUGAGAGCAAAGAUUGAUAUGAAGGCUUUAAAUAAGACCAUGCGUGAUCCUGUUCUUUUCAGAAGUAAGGAUAAGCCUCAUCCAAAACUCGGAGACAAGUACAAGGCAUAUCCAACCUAUGACUUUGUUUGUCCAAUUGUUGAUAGUUUGGAUGGAGUUACUCAUGCUCUCAGAACUAGCGAGUACAACGACAGAAAUGAGCAAUAUUAUUGGAUUAUUGAUGCUUUGGGCAUUCGAAAGCCAUUCCUUUAUGAUUUUUCAAGAUUGAACUUUGCUAAUACUGUCAUGUCUAAACGUAAAUUACAAAAGAUUGUAGACAUGGGUGUUGUUGAAGGAUGGAAUGAUCCUCGUUUUCCAACUGUUCAAGGACUUUUACGUCGAGGUUUGACAGUUGAGGCUUUAUAUGCAUUCAUUUUGGAACAAGGUGCUUCACGUAAUGUUGCUACUUUGGAAUGGGAUAAACUCUGGGCAGCUAAUAAGAAGGUUAUUGACCCAAUUGUCCCAAGAUAUUGUGCCAUUGAUAAGGAGGGUAUCGUGAAAUUUAAACUUACCAAUGGUCCACAAACCAUGGAGUCAAGAGAAAAUCCCAAGCACAAGAAGAAUGCUAGUUUGGGUAUGAAGACCACCUAUUAUACCAAUGUUAUUUAUUUGGACAAGGAGGAUGCCGAGGCUAUUGAACAAAAUGAAGAGAUUACAUUGAUGGAUUGGGGUAACGCAAUUGUUCAACAAAUUAUCAAGAAUGAUGCUGGUAAGGUUGUUGAGCUUGUUGGUGUGUUGCAUUUGGAGGGAGAUUUCAAAAAGACAAAGAAGAAGUUGACUUGGUUGCCCACUAAUCCUGAUGUUCUUGUGGAUGAAGUAUUUGCCGUCUAUUUUGAUAAUUUAAUUUCCAAGACAUCUUUGGAUCCUGAUGAUAAGAUUGAAGAUGUUGUCAAUCGUGAUUCCAAACUCGUGACUGUCUCUAUCGGUGACCACAAUUUGAAGACUCUCAAGAAGGGUGAAAUUAUUCAGUUGGAGAGAAGAGGUUAUUUCAUUUGUGACGUGCCAUUUGAUGGAAAAACAUUGACAUUGUUUAACAUUCCAGAUAGUGUCAGCAAGAAGACAUUGAAGAAAUAA